AUGUUUUGCUUAUGCGGUCCAAGAGGAACGGAUCUAAAUGAAAAGAGUCAAGAUACUGAAAAUUAAUAGAUAGCAACCAGUCUCCAAGCAAAUAUGAAAAGAAAAUCUAUGAAACCAUUUUUGAAUCUAGAUUACACAGCAAAUGUAGAAAAUAAAUUUGGAUAAAGAGGCGAUUAAUCAAGGGAAUACAAGGAAUACAUCGAUUUUAUAAAUGGUUAUUAUUAGGGAAACAAUCAAAAAUCAUAAAUCUAAUUACCAAAUGACACUGAACUAUCAGCCAUCAAAUAUGAAGAAACAAAGACAAGUAAUGACCAAAUGAGACUUAUGCACCUAGGGGAUGGUUUAUUAGCUAAAAUAAUUAGCAUUAAUUAAGCUACUACGUCAUCAUGCAAAGACUCCUUUUCACCAUUUAUCAUGAAAGUAUUAAAUGAAACAAAGAGAUUCUAUGAUAUUAAUCCUAUUUAAGAAGUGUAAUUUGUAAAACAGUUAGUUCCACAUUUUAUAACAGAACAAACUUACUAAAGAGUUAAGAAUGAUAAAUUACUGAUUGCUCAUGAUCCAACAGGAAGUUUCUUGAUUAAACAUGCCCUCUCAAGCUAAGAAGUUUAUUACAUCCAAGAAUCAAAAACAUAUAGAAAUAUAUUAAAUUAUGCGUUGGACAUCUUAAAAUCUCAGGAUAAAGUGAAUUAUAUAUUUAAAUCAGACAUUACUGAUAAAUUGGACACUGUUAUUUUAAAUUUAUUGCAUAUUUAAGACACACCCAUUUCCUUUGUUAUUUAGGAAUAUCUAACAUUGGCUCACGACAUGAUCAUUAUUUUAUCACCAAAGAUUGAUUAUCACGAAAUGGUAUCAUAGUUGCGUUAAGGCAUAAAAUAAAGUGCUCAAUCAAGACUAUAUUGUAGUAUUGAAAUUUAAAAUGUCUACAACGAAGGGUAAUUUAUGGGCAGAAUUAUUUAUUAUGGAGAGGUAUCACAAAUUACUUAGAAUCAAUAACUAAGUUAUCUUUAUGAAUGCAUCUCCAAAAAUAUGAAGAAGGUUUAUAAAUAUAAAAAACUAAUUAAAGAUCUAAAAAAUCAAGUUGGAAUCAUGAAAUUAGUUGAUUUGUUUGCUCUUUAUGGCUUGCUCAACAAUCAGUCAGAAGAAAACUUUACUAGAUUUUAUUAGCAAAUGAAAUUGAGUUAUUUUCAGAAUUUCCAAUCUUCUGUAUAUAAGUUUUAGAAAGCUGAAAGCAAUUAAUCUUAGACAGAAUCUGAAAAUGAGGAACCUGUUCCCUUGGUUUAAUAUGGGAGCUCGAUCCUCUUUUCAGAAAUAAAACCAUAAAGUAAAAGUUUGUCUACUCAUGCUGCCAAGUCUGAGUAUGUCCAUUUUCAUUCUUAAAACAACAAUAGCAAUCAUCAUAAAAAUAAAGCAUAAGAAAAAGUAGAGCUGAUAGAAUCUUGUAUUUAUAAAUGA